CUGAAUCAGCUACUCAAAAUAGCUACACUUACUGACCUCACAUAAACAUUUGUCAUCACUUACUUCGAAAGCCUUUAUUUUUAGGUUGACAGGAGGGACUUGGGGCAACAUUGCAUCCCCAACACCUGGUGCCAGGAUUCAAAUGUCACUGAAUGAUUAUAAGAGAAGGUCCCCUUCUCAUUCCCCUGUUGCUGGGCUCCUGUUCCCAAGCCAGGAUGUUAGGUUCCAGAGUGGCCGUGGGUGAGGACAUUCUGUCCCUCUGGCUGUUUUGGCACAAAUUUCCACCCACAAUCGGUGUUGCCCCUUUCCUUCCUCUUGGCCGACUUCUCUUUCACCAAUAUAAGCCCAUACUGGAGGCUGGUGGGCAGUCAUGCAUUUUAUGGCAGGCCCUGCUAGUAGCCGGAGUCUGGGGCCCUUGAGCCUCUACAGCAUCCCCCACACUCUGUACAUGGUCCUCUUAUUAGUGUUGGUCAUGAUGAGCUUGGUGUUUGGUCAAUUUGAUCCUGCCAAUCAAGAGCCCCCUUAUCCAGGUCGGUUCCCCCAAUACUUGCGCUGCUAUCGGUGCCUCUUGGAGACCAAGGAGCUGGGGUGCCUUCUGGGAUCUGACAUUUGUCUGACCUUUCCUGGUGGCAGUUGCAUUACUCUCCUCAUCAGGAACGGCAGUGGUUCUAACAUCAUGGUGAGUGACUGUCGCCGCAAGGAGCAGAUGAGUGAUUGCUCGUAUACCCGUACUUCAGUGUUUGGUUUUUGGGUAUUCUCUCGAUGCUGUUUCCAGAAUUUCUGCAAUAACCCACAGAACAGAGUGUCCUACGCUCCAUAGAACGUCUGCAGAGAC